AUGGCAUUAAAUUGGAGUACUAUCCCAUUUGAAGCUCUAUAUAAAUCCAUUGAAGAAGGCAAAUUAGAUGAAACUUUGUUUCAGGAUUUAAUCUCAGAUCUACAAAAUUUGAAUCUCAAUAGUGGUAAAUUGAAAAAUCCAUCAAGUCGAAGUGAAUUAGAGAAAGGUGAAAUAAAAUUAGAUGAUGGUACAACCUACAAGUUUAAUCAAGAAUUUAUCAUAACGGCCAUUAAAUUAUCCGAUGAACUUAAUUUAGACGAAUUAGUGGUGGCGCAAUUGAUACUCUCUGAUCCUUCUGAUACUGAAUCUUCAAAUAUACAACAUAAAGAUGGCAUUUCUUUAAUCAAUCAUGGUAAAGUUCAGUACUAUCUAAGAAGACAAUACAUUUUACAAAUAGUAGCCUACAUUGUAAAUUGUUCCAGUAACGAUGGCGAAAUUUACACUAAGCUAACUGAUAAAAGUAUUUUAGUAUCCAAUGUUCUACCGGCUUUUAAAUCGAUCCACAUACAAUUAGAUGAGCUCAAACAGCUUGUAAACAAAGCUCAGAUUUUGGAUAACUAUGAUAUCCUAUUCCAACAAAAUAUCAAAUUUAAACGUGAUUUUCUCUUACGAGAGUACGAUAUUUUAAGUCAAAUAUUGUAUGGUUUGGUUGCCAAACAGAGUUUAACGAAGACGGAUGAAAUCCUAAAAGUCUUCGAUCAUGUCUCAGAGAUGGAUUCAAAUGAUUUCUUCAUAGUUUACUAUCUUCCGGCCAUUUUUCAUGCUUUCGCUAAUUUGGAAAUGUUCUCAAUUGUUGAUGUGAGGUCCUUACAUUCACAUUUUUUGAAAGAAUUAGAUAAUGAAUCUCUAUAUUCAAAACCAGUAAAAGUAGCAAUUAUAUUUGUCUUUUUAACAUUUUUCAUUUCAUGGUGUAAAGCUGAACCUUCUACUAGAGCCAAAUCGUUAGACUUCAAGACCACGGUGGACAUUCCAAUGACUACUGCCGUUGAACAGGGUGCUAUCGAGCAACUAUUGGUUUUCGCUGCAGAUACGUCAUUAGUUGAAAAAGAUAAAAGUAUGCAACUAUUCUAUGAUAUAAGAUCUUUAUUGGAGAGGCAUAUUCCUAGAUUGAUUCCAAAGCAAUUACUCGAUAAUGAAAUAGAUUACACAAAUUCUGCUAUCAAUAAUUCUAGUACCAAUAGAAAUAUGAUGAUCAAUACCAGGAUUGGAGGAGCUGCAGUUACGCCCAAUGCUUCUAUGGGAAUUGAAUCGCAAAGCCAAUAUCAAUAUCAUUCAAUUUCUCUGUCGGAGCAAUCUAUGGAUUUUUUCCUAUCAACUUUUCACUUUGUUUUACAAACUAUAAUCGCCGAUUGUGCCUUCUUAUUGACAAAGAUAAAAGAUGCAGAAGAGGAUUCUUUACUUUCUGGUGAGGAUUUUGAUUUAGACGAUAUUUCAGUCAGAGCAGAUUUAGAAAGAUUCUUUUUAACGAUUUAUUUUUUCUAUGCUUCAAGACCUAAUUAUUCUAGCGAAUUUUGGCAAGAUAAAGAAUCGAAUGCAUACGGUUUUAUUGAAUGGUCGGCUAAAUGUAACGAUAGCCUCAUGAGAUCUUGUUUCUAUCUGAUGAUUUCAAGUUUGUCCUUUGGAAGUUCCAAUUCCUUGAAUGUUUUUCAUUAUUUCGGUGACAACAGUACAGUUUCUUGGAAUAUCAUCUCGCAAUGCAUAAGUGAUUAUGCUGUAAAAAUUAAUAACUUAGGAGUAGCUAUAUUACAAAAACAGCAAAUCCAAGAAAGUGAGGUAGAUGCAAUUACGGUGGCUUUAGAAGAAGGAUUGAACGAAGAAACUAUCAUCUUUCUAUCUUCUUUGUUAACUUUAGUUGGAUCUGUGGCAUAUGAUGUUGAACAAGAAAUCAAGGUUUCACUAUGUAACACAUUCUCUGGUAUUUUAUUCGAAUUUGCAAAACUAGACACGCCUUUAAUUGGUGCUGUAUUCAAGACAUUAAGCAAUCUGGUUCCUACUUCUACACAAUUGAAAAACAAGUUUUGGAACUCUUUGGAUUGUCUCAUUUUCAAAAGUUUCACCCUUACGAAUUCUAAUGACUCGUAUAGAGCUGCAUUUAGUUCUAUCUUAGUUAAUUUCCCUGAAGUUCUCGGAUUUUUACAACUCUUCAACAACCUUAUCAAAAGUGAGAAUCGUGAUUUUGGGACUCUAUCUUUCCCCACAAGUCUUGGCCAAGGUUAUAGAAAGGUUGGGAUCUGGCCUUAUUUCGAUUACAUAUUGAACGAGAUUUUUGUCCAAUCUUUUAAAUUGGAAAAUCGCUCAAAUAAAACAGCAGUUUUAUCAUCUGUUCUGCAAAGUAUUGAAAUGGCUAUUACAUCAUUCGACUAUAGUGUUAUUUUGAACUCAAUCCCAGCUGGAGCAGAUCUUGAUGCAUUGGUGGUAACGGAGAACUUCUUUACAUACGUCCAGGAGUCGCCUGCAGUGGCCGUUUUCAAUUAUCUUUUCCAAGAAGAGAUAUAUCAAGGUAUUUUCAGUAUCGUAGCAAUUGGAAUUGAUCACUUGGCUACCGAAUUAGAAAACGGUAAUCAACAAAUGGAACUUAUUCAAUCAUCUGUCAAUAUUAUAAACAGAAUUCUUCAAUGUCAGGAGACCUAUAUAGAAGAACUAGUUCCAAUUGUAAGAAAUCAUAGAAAUCAUUCUUCCUUCAUUCCAAAAAAUUUUGGAUUGCACGGCUUACGUUCUUUCCAUGAUGCUAUCCUGUUUAAUGUAUCAGUUGUCGCUCAUUUGGCUCUUUACGUUGGCGUAUCCGAUUACACUUUGGCGACAGAGUCACUUAAUAUUUUGAAAAGGCUCUCCCUCAAGUAUGACGGCGGCUCUUCUCAGUAUUCUAUAGAUAAUAAGCUGCUGACCAUAUUUGACUCGGUUGAUGAGUCUGCUAGGAUCAAAGAUUCUUUUAUCUCUCAAAUUGAGUCAUUCAUUGACUCAAAUGAAAACUUGACGUUGAAAAUCGAGAUUCUGGAUUUCAUUAAUAGAAAUAUUACAUAUGCAGACAAAAAUAUAAAUGUUGCUCACUUACUAUUAGGUUUCCAUGUUUCAAACGUUAUUUCAAUUGGCCCAAGGUUAUCAACAUUUAUAAACUCCGACAAAUCUCUCCUCAGCUCCAUAAUAUCAAUUUUAGAAGGAUCACUUGAAACUUUAGACAACAAUAAUAUUGAUUACGCUCCAAUGAGAUUGGCUUCCAUUGCAAUUGAGAUAAUACUAAAACUCUCUCACAAUCAAUUAACAUCAUCAAUACUAUUUGAAUAUCUAUCAUCAAAAGGUCUAUUUGAAAGAAUAAUGAACUUGGAUCCUCAGAUUAAUAAGUUCACCCUUUGGAAUGGUGUUGCAUUCAAUCCUGAUGAUGAAAGCUUUAUCAUGAGUGAACCUAUAGGUGCCUUGCUGUCAUUUUUCAGUUAUAGAAAUUACUUAAUUCAAUAUUUAAGUCUAUCAAUCCACAAGCUCUCAUUUUCUGGUACUGAAGCAGAAGUUUUAUCCUAUGUGCGCUAUUUGAUUUCUAAUACAAUGUACUCUGCCAGGAUUUUUUCAUUUUUGGAUACAUUAAACUUUGAAAACAUUGUGGUGGAUAAUACCCUUUUGGAUGGACUAUCUAUCUUCAGCAAUCUUCAAAUGAACUUGGAUAAUGUGACUCUGAGUAGCAAUUGCUCAGGAAUUAUAUUUGAACUGGAGGAGAUCAAAUCCUUAAUGGAUUUAUUUGGAAAAGCCCAGAAGCAUACUUCAGCUAACACAACAUCUCUCCAAAUGGUAACUAAUGACAAGAUCAAGAGAUUAAAGGAUGAAUCGGCUGUUGUUAUCUACUGCAUCACAGGUCAUCUGAGUAGCAAGAAGCUAGCCGAACUUCAAUUGGCGAUUUUGCAUUCAUGGGUUCAAUUAAUACAGAUAAUUGUAUCAGAUGGUAAAUUGUCACCACUUGAGCGCUCAGCUUUUAUCCUUGAAGUUUUCAGUACAAUCACGCCAAAAAUGAAUGAUUACGUCGAGUGUAAUCUCAACUUUUCAGAGGAACUAGUGUCAUUAUCAGUAUUUUUAUAUGAAAUCUACCAAAAAGAUCGCUUAAAUAUAGAUGAUCGCAACGGAAUAGACUCGAGAUUGUACAAUCUUUUCAAAGUUUGCAUUCAUGGUAUAAGUUCUCCACUUUCAUCCAUUUCCCUGCGAGCAGAUUUCUAUGUUCUCGCUAAUCAAUAUUUGGUUCGAAUUCUGAAAGAUGAGGCACUUUCAAAAGAGAUUCUACAGAAUCUACGUAUAAAUAAUGAGAAGGUUAUUGAAAUUAUAUCCAAUGAUGCUAUUUUUGGUCAAGGAACCAGUAGAAUCACUGCAAUCUUAUUAAUGGAUACAUUGAUUCAGAUUGCAAAUUUGAAUAAUCAUAAUUUCAUAUUAGAAUUGCUAAUGAAAAGUGGCCAGUUAUCAUUAUUUAUUCGUUCUUUAAAGAAUACUGAUAUUUUGCUAGAUUCUGCUAAUGAAUGUAUCAGCAUUGAUGAUUUAAUGUUUGAAUUAACUGCAUUCAAGGCAACAAUAUUCCUUUUAUUCAGAAUUUCGGAAACUACAGCAGGUGCACAGGCUCUCGUUCAAAAUAGGUUGCUAGAGAUAAUUGGAGAAUGCUCCUUUUUGAAGGUGGAUCCUGAUCUAGGUUUAAAUAUUACGUUCAAGCCUUCUACCUUUGAUACAUCAGGUCCAAUGAAAGCAAAUAUAAGUUUGGAUUCACCAUUAUUCUUAGAUAAUGGGGCUAGAACUAUUUCAUUGAUAGAUUUAAUGGUUCCAAUUUUUCAAUUGGUUUGUGCAGUAUUGGUUAGUGUAGGAAGUAAAAAUAGCAACGUUAUUAAUAAAGUUAAGAAACUACUCCAGACGUUUAGGAAAUUGAUAAUUGGGAUUUUCAAAAGAGAUGAGUUAAUAUCUGCGGAGAUGGAUGCUACCAAAACUAUUAAUAAAGAGAAUAUUCAAGAUAUGGUCAAGGUUGUCGUCAUUCUGUGUUCUUUAACUGGUUAUCAAGGUGAAGAAGGUUUUCCAGUAUUUUGA